UUAGGAUCCGUAUUAGAACGUCUCCACACCCUCAUGCGCUCCAGGGAAAACCAGACGAGAACAAAAGCUCAGUUUCUUCAUUUGGACAUUUUUGAUGCACUGAUUUUAUACCCAGUUGAUCAUAGAGAGAACAUUCGCUCUGAAAGGACAACAGGAGAUCAGACUCCUGAGAAGACGACGUCCAGGAAAAAGCUUCUAAAUUCCACAGAUACACAAAAAUGAUUCGGUCUGAAAUGGAAAAGGAGAUCCCUCUGUGUGUGUCUCUGCCCAUCGAGGUGACGGGUCCUGAACAGACGUUCCCUUUCCUCAACACCACACUUGCAGAUCUGGGUAUUGACGAAUCGGCGGUGAAAGAGCGUGUGGUGUUGAUGGACACCAAGCGCACACAGGUGAGGAGCAGAUCAGGGAAACUUAAGGAGAAGGAAGUGUCCGUGCUGGAGGUUCGAGUGAAAGCACAACUGCCGGGUCAAACCAAAUGCCAGGAGGUUCUGUACAGCACCGAGUCCCACACGGACCGCUCGUACUGCCGCAGCGGCAUCGCCUUCCUGCCGUGGACGCACACUCCAGGUUAG